CUCCGGCCGCCGAGCGCAGCACAGCCAGGAACAGCAGCGGCAAUCACCCGCAAGGCGGCAGGCCGCACUCGGGUGCGGAGACUUUUGCGCUUCUCAUAAGAGGCAGCACCGGAGCCAUCCGCCCUUGCCUCUCACCCACAUCCAUCCGCUCGAGUCUCCUGCCAACCGCAAGCCCUUGCCGCUCUUCACCACCAACCAAGCCACCAGCACACUCCCAGCCGCAGCUAUGGGCGCCGUUGCCUCUUGCCUCAAUACCAUCGUGUCGAGCAUCGCCGGAGUCAUCGUGGCGAUCGUCAAUGGCAUCGCAAACGCCAUCAUGGCCAUCUUCUCUUGCAUCGGCAACAUCCUCUGCUGUCGCUGCGGUGGCGGCAGCCGCAGCCGCUCGCGUGGACCGAUGAUGGGCAACCGUCGCGGAGGCAGAAUGGGCAGCAGUCGUCGUGGCGUUCUCUAGACGCCCAGUCGCUCGCCGUCGCCAGCGCCGUCUCGCGCUCCUCGCGUCGCCCAAGCUCGCCCAAGCCUCGCCCAAACUCGCCCAAGCCUCGCCCAAGCUGCCGUGUCACCCCCUCUUCCCAUCUCCCGCUCCACUCGCUCAUCGUGCCUCCGCGCACCCCGAUCUCGACCAUCACGACCCGUGACGACCCAACCCGACUGCGCAGUUCGGCUCGACAAGUCUCUUCUCAUACCCUCCAGCUCGUCAGCACGUCCAUGUCCCUUGCCUCGCACGCUGCAAUAAACGUCGCUGUGCCACCCCUCUCGUCUGUCGCGGACUGGCUGCUCGUCGGCCGCUGUGUGACGUGCAGCUGAUGCAGUGCUCAGUGUCAGCCGCCGUGUGCCUGCCUCUGACGGGUGUGAUGGC